CAAUGCCUUGAUAAGUAUCCUGUUGAGGUGAUUUACCAAUUUUUUAAUCAAUCAUGGUGGUUCAUAGAUGUAUAUUAUAUGGGGCUUACAGGGAAAGUAGCAGAGUGGGCUAUAUGUAAACAGAAGUCACACAGAAGGGUUGGGCAGUGCACAAUAAUGUCUGUUGAUGCAAUGCUGACCUGA